AUGAAAAGUAAAAGGAAGUAUAUGCAGCAAAAGGUAUGAAAGAAAAAAAAUAUUCACUUGAUAUGAUAACAGUGGUAAUAAUUAUGAUAAUUUUAUGAUUUAUGUAAUUUGUUAAUGAGAAAAAUGAACUACUUAUAAACUGAUUUAUUUGUUUCAGUACUUUAAGAGAACAAGUUGAAGCAGCUUUAGACAUUACAUGUGUGCUUUUUGGUAAAGAAAUCUUAAAUAUUAUACCUGGUAGAGUUUCCACAGAAGUAGAUGCUAGGUUAUCCUUUAAUAAAGAAGCCAGUAUUGAAAAAGCCAAACGGUUAAUUGCUUUAUAUGAAGAACUUGGUGUAGAUAAAAAUCGUGUUUUAAUCAAACUUGCUUCUACAUGGGAAGGUAUUCAAGCAGCAAAAGAGUUGGAGGAGAAAUACGGAAUUCAUUGUAAUUUAACACUUCUAUUUUCUUUCGCUCAAGCAGUUGCAUGUGCAGAAGCAGGUGUAACUCUCAUAUCACCAUUUGUCGAUAAAAAAUGUUAUGAAUCUAAAGAAGAUCCAGGCGUCUUAUCUGUAACUAAAAUUUUUAACUAUUACAAAAAGUUCGGAUAUAAAACAGUUGUUAUGGGUGCAUCGUUUAGGAAUAUUGGUGAAAUAAAAGAACUAGCUGGUUGUGAUUUUUUAACUAUAAGUCCCAAAUUAUUAGAAGAAUUGGAAAGAAGCUACGAACCAGUUCGCAAGGUACUUACACUAGAAGCAGCAAAGAAAUCUGAUCUUCAAAAAAUCAGUUUGAAUGAAGCUGAAUUUAGAUGGCUUCUUAACGAAGAUCAAAUGGCAACGGAUAAAUUAAGCGAAGGUAUUCGAAAAUUCGCAGUAGAUGUUCAUAAGUUGGAAAAACUACUUCACGAAAAAAUACAAUCUUAA